CGAGUUGCAUCUUUUUAUUCCCCUCACCCACUUUUUUGCUGGUGGGUGCUUCAGUCUUCUUAAUAGACACACCCUCUUCUCUGUCUGUACUCAAGGACGAAACGAAAUAGAGACCCAGGAAAGACCAUUUCAGAUCUCAGAACUCCUCCAUUGCCCCCCUCGCCGAGACAAUAACGAUACAAGUUCACGCAACACCACGCGCGCUGUUGUAGUACGAUCACAUCCGUCGCACCCAGACCCGACCCGCAUCUGCCAUAGAGUACCAAGGGCGAAAUCCGUCACUUGCCCGGGCGUCUAUUUGUAUGAAUUGAGUCGUGGGAGCUUAAGCAACUGCCCUAUCAACGUCUACUCUUGUCGCCCAGCCCGGACACCCCGGUCAAAUCGGUAACUCUAUAACCACUGGGAGUAGCCGCCACCAUCCAUCCAGCGUCUAGUCAAAACCACUGGGGCCCCGCUGCAGGUUGCCUUCAUCUUUGGCUUAUUCCCCUGUCCUCCCGACAGCUGGUCUUCCACUUGCUUUACUCAACUAUUUCAUCGGCCAGGAGCAACAUCCCAAGUGGCACACAAGCAAGUCUAAAAGACACCUCACUCACCACAGGUGUGCUUGUUGACAUACACAAGGAGUCUGUGACUUCUGUCCUCCUGCCUCUCCUUUUUUUCCUUAUCAUCAUCAGGCUUAUAGCCUAGAUAAUAUUCGCCAUGGCGUUCGGCGAUGAGAGGAAGCGCCCUGCGGCUCUGAACCUCACACCAGCCCGUUCAGGCUCCACAGACUCUACGUCGACAUCCUCUUCACUCAAGAACCCGAGGACACCAAGAUUCGCCGAGGCCACGUCUAUUCACUCACCUAUCGAAGACAAGUCAAGGAAACCGUUCGACGAUGAGAGAUCUUUCCAGGCCCAAUCGCAACCUGGUGAUAUUGGGUUUGGGUACAUCAACGAGUCCUCGAGCAACAGGGAAUCCGUCACGAUGCCCAUGACGCCGAGGUCACCACUUAAGAGUGCCAUGAGGGUGCCAGGGACUCCAGCACGGAAGUUUGACAACCCUCUAAGCCCUACCUUUAGGGAGGAGCAAGUGCUGGAGAAGAGGGAGGCCUCGACUGACAUUGAGCAGGCCAAGGACUUGAAAGUGAAAACAAGAGUACGAAUGGCCAAGUUUGCUCUGCGAGGCGUAAACUUUAGCUGCAGUCUCAUCAUUCUGGCCAUGAUCUCAACCACAUUCACCAUCUUCAAUGCCACCAAAUCACUCCCGAGUCGAGACGGCAAGCCUGCAUGGUCGACGACUACCGAAAUCUGGCCCCAGAUUGUCAUCCUCACCAUGGCCUCGAUAUCGCUUCUCAUCUGCGUUUGUAUCUUCUUGGCGUACUGCCGUGGAGGUCAUGCACGAGCCGAAAAGGUCGGCGUCUACUAUACGCUCUUUGCCGUUGGAUGGUUUAUCUUCAGCAUGGUCAUGUGGGCAAUCGCAGCCGGUAUCUUCCAGCACAAACGUAACAGCAGCGGCAACCAGGACAUGUGGGGAUGGUCAUGCGUCCAGAACCACCGAGCGGAUCUGUUUGAUGAGAAGGUCGACUAUGCGCUGCUGUGCCGUCUUCAGAACUGGACCAUGGUUUGCAUCAUCAUCGAAAUAGUUGUCGAAGUCAUUGCCAUCACUCUUUACAGCAUCGUCUUCUACCGCUACUACUCCAAGCGAAAGCUUCACAAGUCUAUGGACCUGCGCGACAAGGCCAGGUCUGACCUGUACCUCGCCCAGCUCCGAAGCCAGUCGGCUCCCAACACCCCUGGAUUUGGCCCCAAGUCGCCUGCAUUCUCUCAGUACGCCAUGUCACCAAGAUUCCCACCUCAGGCUUAUGGUUCGCUGGGCGACAUCCAAGAGACGUCUCCUUUCACACCGGGAGGCAGGCCUGCGCCGAUUGCCGAGCCGCAGUCGUCUUUCGCUGCUAGCAACUCACCAACCCAGCCGUUUAAGCUGCAAGCGCCACCGCUCAAGGCUCCUUCGGCCACGCCAAGGUCACAGCAAAACGGCUUUGAGUCGCCAUCGACUGCCUCGAACAACAACUUUACUUUCACACCCUCAGCAUCAGCAUCGGCAGCACCGACUGCUGACUCGGAUGAGCCACGCUACGAUGCUGUGCCCAUCCCAGGGGCCUACUCUGAUCAGGCUGUCAAGAGCCCGCCCCCCACAAGGACAGCAUUCCAAUGAGUAUGGAUCUCGCAGUUUUCCAGCUUCGGGGGACAUGAAAUAAAGACAGCCCGGAGGGUUUUCUUUUCUUUACUCAUCUUUACUAUUUCCUUUGUGCAGCCUGACAUUUUCAGUCUCGUCAUAUUAUGCCUUUUCUCUUCUUCAUUCUGUCUCCAUAGUUUUGUUUUAUAUACCACAGACGUCCAUUUGGGAGACGUUUAUUUCCUCUCGAAUAGCGCGUUUUGGGUUGGCAUCUAGGGAGAUUCUUCUUCUUCUUUUUUUAUUUUUUUAUUUUCUAUGAUUUUAUUUUCUAAUGUAGGAGAGGUCACAUUGUACAAUACCAAUCAAUGGAGGACAAUCUUUCCAAAAAAAAAAAAAAAAAAAAAAAAAAAGA